AUGUGGCCUCACAAACAUGGCCGCGGAAUACAGCUAAGCUAUGGAGUCUACGGCAAUGCAAUGGUACGUCUUAGAAAGGAAGGAGAAGCAGAAAAAGAAGGAGAAGCAGGUGAUGGAAAAGAUGUUCAUGAACCGCCGAAUGAAGGUUGGAGCUUUGAGGCAACCUUUCCCAGGCGUGAGAAUUCAAAGCCAGCGUUUGCCGUGGAGAAAGGAACGGUCAAGGAGAUAGUGGCUCCUUCAGUCCUGGCGGACGAAACAAACUCUUUUGUCAUUUCGAAAAUUCGAAGGUUUUUAUUAUCCCACUACAUCCCUCAAAGGACGCUAGCGUCACUCAGUUCCGAGGCACAGGUUUUGGACUCCGAUAUGGUAUACGACCCGGAAGUUGGGGCGCUUAUGAAGAUCUUUGGUUUACAAAUUGGAGAGCAUUCUGGACGGAGCAUUGAUGUUUUGGCGUUUGCCAAAAGCGAUAUCCCGUCCAUCUUGUGCUUUUCUCGCAUGUCGAAGGAAAGUGGCUCAUUUCGAGCCCGAGACCAUGUUGAAAUUGAUUUGCUUGAUACCAUACGGCAAAUCGAAGUAUCGCAGUGGUUGAAAAAGAAAAAUGGUGAUGAAGAGAAGAAAAAGAUUAUUCUAGUUAGAACAAGCUUGAAGGUGUUUGUCUUGACUUGCCAGUACGCUGAACCCCGACUUGGAGGCCAGGGCCAGGGCCAGGGCCACCCGAAGCUUGAAUUGUCGGUACUUGAGGAAAUAGUGCAGGACUCUGGCACUGAGCAUGUGAGUUUCUGCCGACAGGAUUAUUCAAGGUUUGUAUUGCUUGGCUCAAAUGGAACAAUGACUAUGUGGCACAUUGAAAGAAAGAAGCUCAAAAAAGUCACGCGGUCAAAAAAGGUCAAGUUGUCCUUAUCGAAUCUCGAUUUCGAUCUCGAUGAGUUGACUAAAUGGACGCGGCUUUACUGGCCAAAGAAGGAGAAAGUGAUACUAGUCGUGACCAAUACCACAAUCUCUCGAGUCUCAAGCGACUGUGAGGAAGCCCAGUCGGAGCUCUUGUUGACUGCAAACACCUGGUCCAGAAUCAGAGACUUUGACUGCAAGGGAGAUGAAGCUUUCCUUUUGACGUCGAGAGAGUUGGUUUGGCUCAAGUAUGAAAAGGGACUAAGGAGAGUGUUAUCCUGGAGACAUUUUUUAAACGGGAGCGACCCUUCACUCAAGAUGUCAAUUUUGGAAAAGCAACAGACCUAUUACAUUUUCUUACACAGCGAGUUGAGCCCGCUAAUCCUUGCUUAUACAUUUGGCUACGAAAACGGGCUCCCUUGCAUCCUUCGCGAUCCUUAUAUCAUACGAUUGGGUCCGAAGCCCACGAAACAGCUCCUGCUUGCAUGGAAUCAAGAAGACGAAAAUCAAAAGAUGACAAUUUUGCUGAUGGCCAAGGACCGUUCGAUAGCUUCGGCCACGCUUGCAACCGCAGCAUUGUCACAUGAAAUCAAGCAAAAGAUUGCCUCGUCAGCUCAGCCUCUCCCAGGAGAGUACGACCGGAUGGCACCCAAGACUCGAAAUUUGAAAAAAAUCUUUAAUUGGGUGAUUUCUUCUGAACUAUCUCGUCGUCAAAUUGCGCCUGAUUUACCAAUGUUUCGUCAACGAUUGGAACUGAGUCUCAGACACUUGCCGGGUACUACAUCUGUUUGCUAUCAGUCGAUAUAUGACGCGGUCAACCUAGGCUCUCACAUGCCCGUCAAUGCUAAAAGUAUGCGAGACUUGGAUGAAGCAAUGAGAGAAAUCAACCAUUUUGGUCGUGAUGACAUCAGGCUGGUGAAUUUCGGCGCGUACCUGGGUGGCAGAAAGGACAUUAGCGAUGCCACACUACACAACAAAGUUCAGCAUUUGAUAAAGUCACUAUCCUCAUCCUAUUAUCCUCAAAACCUGGUGGAAAGCAUCGAAAACACAGCCGUCAUGCUUGCACUGUCGUCGCUCAAGUACACCGCGCCCAAUCCCGAUUUAUUAAAAAACCGAUUGCAGUCCUUGAAAAACAAAUCGCCGGCUGCCGUGCAAAGUUUGCUCAAUUCUUGGGAUAAAGGGUCUCCCGAUGAAAAAGUCUCUCCACUCAGAAAGAGAGCUAGAACUCGUGGUGACCUUGUUGAUGGCACACCAUCAUCGAGAGCAACUCAAACGACUCAGGUCAAGGAAUCAUCACCAAGCUUACAGCCGUCUUUUACUCAACUGUCGCAAGCAACCAACUUUUCCCCCCCCUCGUCCUCCCAACCCAGAGGCGCAUCUUCGCAGAUGGACGAUGUUCUCUUGUCACAAAGCAGGGUCCGUACGUCCCAAACAGCUUCUCAAGGAGGAAGCCAGCGCAGAAAGAAGAAAAAGAAAGGUGGGUUUUAA